UAUGUCGCUUAGAACAACUUAGAACAAACGCUCGACUAGAACAUCAAUUAUUGCUAUUUGUCUCACGGAUGGAUGCAUAUUCUACCCAUUUCAGCAACAUAACAACAAACACAGUACCCAUAUCUAGCACAACGACCCAAACCAGACCAUUUGCAAACAAAAGCUGCAAAUGACUUGAGUGUAACAGCCAAGUCUCAAAAGCAAUCUGUGACAAUGUCGUCAAUCAAAUAUCUCGUCUUCAACCACCUACUGAGGCAACAGCUGCAUCCUACAUUCACAUGUACUGUUAACACUCUACGCGCACAGCAAUAUUGCCUGAAGCUAAAUCUGCACCAGACGUCAAUUACACGGGGUGGAAUGGGCACGUAGAAACGCGUUCCAGCAGUCAUUUUUGCUAGUAAUGGUUGCGCACACCUAGCGGUGACAAAGGAGAAGAGUAGGACAACCCAGUGAUGGCAGGUAUAUAAGCUGCCAGAUUCUGCAGAUCAAGCAUGCCCACUUGUAGACUCAUCCACAUCAAGUCAUCUCCACGGACAACUUAGUAGCAAUCAUGAAGGGAGCUAUAAUCCUGCUGGCAUGUGUCACACAAGCUCUGUGUAGCGCUGGAGGUCUCCUCGGCGGCGGGCUUGGAUUUGGCCAACAAGGACGUAGCUACGGAUCCAGCGCCAGCUACGGAGGUAACCUCGGAUACGGAGGUAACAGCGGAUACGGAGGUAACCUCGGAUAUGGAGGUAACAGCGGAUACGGAAGCAACCUAGGAUACGGAAGCAACCUCGGAUACGGAGGUAACCGCGGCUACGGAAGCAACCUCGGAUACGGAGGUAACCGCGGCUAUGGAGGCAACCUCGGAUACGGAGGCAACCGCGGCUACGGAGGCAACCGUGGCUAUGGAAGCAACCGUGGCUACGGAGCCAACCUCGGCUACGGACGCAGCCUCGGCUACGGAGCCAACCUGGGAUACGGAGGCAACCUCGGCGGCAGAAUUAACCUGGCAUCCGCAGGCAACCUCGGCGGCAGAAUUAACCUGGCAUCCGCAGGCAACCUCGGUGGCAGAAUUAACCUGCGAUCCGGAGGCAACCUCGGCGGCAGAAUUAACCUGGGCGGCAGGCGCGGUGGCUCCCUCAACGGCUUCGGUGGUCUCGUCGGACAGGGUGGACGUCACGGCGUCGGCCAGGUCGCCGUCUCCGGCCGCUACACCUCCCUCGGAGGCAACAGGAUCGGACUUGGAAACGCCAUCAGCUUCGAGGCUUCCGAUGAGUUCGUCGGCACCGGCGCUUUCAACUUCGAGGGCGCCCGCGACCGCGCCGCUGCCCACGCCCCGUCCGGCACCGAGCCGAGAUCCGCCCCGGGGGUCGUCGGACAGAAGUACGGAGCUGGCUUCGCCCGUCAGUGGCACGCUGCCUCUGCUGACCGCGCUGCCUCCGGCACCGGUACCGCCGCCUCGGCCCGCCAGGCCUCCCGCCGUGCCAACCAGGAGGCGCAGGCUCAGUUCCAGCAGGCCGCCGCGGGCGCUGGAGCCGGAUCUGCCGGAGCCGCAUACGGUUACGCGAGGAACCUGCCCUACUCCGGCAUCCAGGCCGUCAAUGUUGCCGCCCCACGCGUGCAGCUCGGACCUCUGACCGCCGUUGUCGGUGGAGGCGCCGGUGACGCGUCUGCUAGCGGAAUCGCCGGAAGCAACGCCGGAUCCCUCGGUGGAAUCAACCUCGGAGCCGCGAACAUCGGAGGCGGCGCAGUGCGCCUUGGAUCUGGAGCUAUCCGCGGAGCUGGACUCGGUCUUGGAUCCGUCCGCGGAACUGGACUCGGUCUUGGAUCCGUCGGUGGAGCUGGACUCGGUCUUGGAUCCGUCCGCGGAGCUGGACUCGGCCUUGGAUCCGUCCGCGGAGCUGGACUCGGUCUUGGAUCCGUCCGCGGAGCUGGACUCGUGCACGGUAGCGGCGUCCACGCCACGGGAGUCCACGCUGUCGGCACCUCAUAUGAUCAGCAGCCCGCCUAUGAUGCCGGUAGAGUUGGCAUCAACUAUGACUCCCCACGUUACGGCUACAACGCCGGAGAGGGAUAUGGCAGCAGCAACAGCUACAACGCCAAGGACUGGUAAACAACGACGCUAAUGGAAGCAGCUACCUGGAUUAUGGCAAUCAGACUGAUACUAUUUAAAUUAUUCACAUCAAGUAGCAACACUUUUCAAAUUAUAUGAUGACAUAAUGUAUCAAUCAAAAUUAAAAUGCUGGUAACGUUC